AUAAUUGUGAACCAUCAUGGAAGUGGAUUUUGGUAAAUCGAUGUACGAGAGAAAACCUAGAAUUGUGCUGAAUGAUGGUAGUGAUGAUAAGCAAAUUCAAAUACCAGCUGGAAGAGACGAAGAGACAUCAGUGACCGGUAUUGCACGCAGAGGAUCUCCCCGAGCUUCCUUUAAUUUUGGAAACAUUUCAGUCAAAGACCUUAAGCAGAGUUUGAAAGAACAGCUUUUUGAGAAAGACAACAAGAUAAGCGAAGAAUCAAAAGCUUCCAGUGACGUAAACGAAAAGACAAUUAUUCCACAGCACCUUGGAAUUGUACCUGAUACCCAAAUUUCUGUGUCUGGAUCUUUGAGUUCUUCACUCUAUUCCAAAGAGAAAAGUAACUCACAGAAUAAAAACGAACCUGAGAAAUCUAAAGCAAACAAAGAAAAGGUAAACUUAAAUAAAAGUGUUACAAUUAAGAAGCCUUUAUUGGAUGACCUGAGUGAUGUGUCCGUCAGAGAUAGAUCCACUCCAUUGGUAAAACUGAUCGUACAGGAGGCAAGAAAGGCGGACAGACCUAAAAGUGAUAAGGGUGAAGAAGAAGAGAUUAUAUUUGAACAUGACCACUGUUUAAAAUGCUUUGAUAAGAACUGCAAUCAAAUGAAGGAUUGUCCGGUAGUGAGAUGUAAAAACAAAUGUGGCGAGGCAAUCUUUCAUAAAUGCAAACAGAGAGAACAUAAUGAAAUGUGUAAGUAUACAAUAAUUCCGUGUAUCAAUAAAACUAUCGGAUGUCAGAUGGAAAUGCCGAGAUGUAAACUUUCGUAUCAUCUUAAACACUGCUCUAAAAUGAAGGAGGAUAGGAUAGAGAGAUUAGGUGCACCUGAUUCUUCCACGAAUAGGCUCUCUGGGGAGUAUCGCCAUCGUCUUUCUUCCAAGAGAGGUGAAAGACAUACAGAAAUAGUACAUGAACACUGUCUGCAAUGUCACAACAUGAAUUGUUCCGAGUACCAUGAAUGUAAGAUUAAAAAAUGUCCCAGCAAAGGCUGCUCCGUGAAACUUCAUGCAUGUAAAGUCAAGGAUCACAAAAGAAUUUGCCUGUUUAGAGAGAUUCCGUGCAUAAAUAAAGAAUACGGAUGUCAAUACAAACUGUCUAGAAUACUUCUUACAGAACAUUUACGUGAAUGUCCAGUUAUGAAUUUUGAAGAGUUGACAUUACCUCCGUAUAACCUUUACCAAAACAUCAUAGAGCAAAGUCAUCAUUGUGACAACUGCUAUAAGCUGAACUGUAAAGCUCAGGUUGACAUAAAAUGCGCCCUCAGGGAAUGUUAUUGUGGAAUUUUUCUUCACAAUUGUAAAUGGAGAGACCACUAUGAAAACAUAUGCCCUACAUUUGUCAUGCGUUGCAUAAAUUUUGAAGCAGGGUGUGAGAUGUUUCUCACCCGUUGCAUGCUAACAACACAUCUUUUUCACUGUCCUGCCAUGAAUUGGCAAGGACACAAACAACCACUAAACGAGGAAGGAGAUGACCAAAAUGGCUAUGCUACAAUUGGCGAAACCACGAAAUUUGCAGAUAAAAAUAAUUCUAAUGAGGAGCAUGUGUAUGAAAAACUCCCAAAACGCAAGAAAAGGAGCAAAAAGAAUUGCAAAGUGAUGUAGAGAAAAAGCUGUUGUAAAUUCUGAAAGAAGAGUAAAAUUAUAAUCAAAUGUA